CGUCAACCUUUAUUUGUUAUGCUAUUUUCUCAUUUGGUCUUCCCGGAUGUGAUUGCGACAUGUUUACAGAAUGCGUAUAAAAAGGGGUGAAGCACUUUAUAAAGUUAUUGCGCUGCCCGCUACCAACGCGAAUGUAAUUCCGCACGAGCUGGAAUCCUAAACUUAUUGCAGGGGGGUCAACUCCUAAGAAGCGAAUGAAGAAACAGGUUUUGCUUCUAUUUACAUUCAGAGGACUUGUAAGAAAAGGAAAAAAGAGUAAAAGAAGAAAAUGUCAAAUUUCUUAUUACGGAAAGCCGAGCCCAAGGACGUGUCAGACAUAUUGCGACUCAUAAAGGUAAAAGGAUGCAUGCAUUCAACGAUUUAGCCUAAGUGUUUUUUUAUGAAUCACAGACAGCCUAAGCAUAUUUUUCAAUAUUAUUACAUUUGACUAACAACAAUAAUGAAUUUUUUUUAAUUCCCUAUUAUUUCAGGAACUUGCGAAAUUUGAAAAAAUGGAAGAGCAGGUCAUCUUGACCGAGAAAGGUAAGCCUACUUGUAUGUGUGUGUUGACUGAUUUAUUGUAAACAUAAAAUGUUUCCCCAACAAAUCAUAAGUUCCUGACCUUACAAUUCACUUUCAGAACUACUGGAGGAUGGCUUUGGGGAUCAUCCAUUCUACCAUUGCGUCGUUGCGGAAGUUCCUGAGGAUAAGCAGAGCUCAGACGGUAAACCAUGUUGUAAUUCUGUUUACAUAAUGUCAGUUUGUAAGGAAAUUGUGCAAAUGUUUGACAAUCAAGAUUCCAAACAUUUAUGGGUAGUAAAAAAUAAGGGACGCGCUGCGGGUACACAAUAGUACGUUUUGGUAGACACAAUGUAUGGGGUAGUGUUGGUGUGCAUAACUCAAAGUGAAUCAUGAUCUGGAGUUUGGAAUUUCAUCUUCUCAAUUCUCGAAGACACUCCUUUUAAAUCCUCAUAGUGAUAUCAUAACUAGGGCCCGAGUUUUUCCUGACCAUGAAAAUCUCCUUUAUCAUCAUAACACAAAAAGAUCAUACUCAAUAAUCCAAGUGGGGUUUUGUGUCAGAUCCUAGUAGAUUUACACAAACACUUACCUGCCGGUUUUGAUGUGGCUGUUUUCACUGUGUUUUAGGAUACACAGUCAUUGGGUUUGCCAUGUACUACUUCACCUAUGACCCCUGGAUAGGGAAGCUGCUCUACUUAGAGGACUUCUAUGUGAUGAAGGAGUUCAGGGGUAAGUCUAGUCUAAUGUGUGGUGUGUUACAUAAAAAAAUAAAUAGGGGUGCUUAUAUUUGUCUUGUUUCACACAUGUACAAGUGUGUGUGUAGUGUGAAAUGGAAUUGUGUUUUUUGCAUAUCCCACACCCCCUGAGACACACUCGGAAAGGGGGGGGGGGGGGGGUCACAGCCAGGGACCAGCCAUUAUUGACAGCGAUCCUGGAGCAAUUAGGGCAGGGUUUCCCAAACUCGGUCCUCGGGACCCCAAGGGGUGCACAUUUUGGUUUUUGCCCAAGCAAAAACAGCUGAUUCAACUAAUCAUCAACUUUGAUCAUUUGAAUCAGCUGUGUAGUGUUAGGUCAAAAUCCAAAACAUGCACCCCUUGGGGUCCCGAGGACCGAGUUUGGGAAACGCUGGGUUAGGAUUAAGUGCCUUGCUCAAGGGCAGAGUGUCAGAUUUUUCGCCUAGUCGGCUUGGGGAUUCGAACUAGACACCUUUCGGUUACUGGCCCAACGCUGGCAACUGAAUCACGGUCCAUGGAUCAGGGCUUAACUACCAAUCUAAUCUUUGAUCCUGUUUUCUCAGGUUCUGGUAUUGGGUCAGAUAUCCUGAAGGUUCUGAGUGAGGUAAGUCUCCUGUACUUUUUUUGCAAUCAAUUUACUGAAAGCACAUUUGCUUUUCCAAAUCAUGGAAAAAUCCAGCCUAUGGAAAACUCCAUCAUAUAGUGAAGGCUAGAUGAUGACCCUGUCUAACUUUGUCUAUUGUCCUCCCUUCCUCAGACGGCAGUUAAGACUCGCUGUAGUAGCAUGCACUUCAUCGUAGCAGAGUGGAACAAGCCAUCCAUAGAGUUCUACAAGCGCCGUGGAGCCUCAGACCUGUCCGAUGAGGAGGGCUGGCGACUCUAUGCGAUUGAGAAGAAUGACCUGCUGAAGAUUUCUGCAAAGAAGCGAUAAAUUCAGCAAAUGACCACUGAUUACUAACGGCAAUGCCUUCCCCUUUUGUUUGUUGAUGUCAAUGUUCUUAAAAAAAAUGUAUUUCAAUAAAUAAAUACGUAAACAGUUU